AUGCAGGUUAAUGUCUUAGAUCUGCCAGAGGAACUGGUUGAAUAUAUUCUAGGAUUGAUUUCUCCUUAUCAAGACUUGAAAAAUGCUUCUUUGGUGUGUAAACAGUGGAAUCGACUUGUGAAAGGUGUCACAUCGAAGAUCAUUCGAAGUUUUAAUCUGGCAACACAGACAGGAAAGAUAAAAUGGACAGCUAUAAAGGUGGACGCUGGUCAGACCAUAUCCAAACGAUAUUCACAUUGUGCUUGUUAUUUUGAUAAAUCAUUGUACGUGUGUAGUGGUUGUACUGUUACUAAUACAACAUUUAAUGAUAUCUGGAGGUUUGAUCUGACAACAAGACAAUGGGUUAGACCAUUAGCAGUAGGAGCCUAUCCCUCUCCUAAAGGUUGUGCCUCUAUGGUUGUAUAUAAAGAUAAUUUAGUUUUAUAUGGUGGAUGGAGUCACCCUACUCCUUAUCCUUUACACCAGACAUCCAAAUUUUUCUCUGAGCUAGAUAUGUUCAACCCAGAAACUAAUCGUUGGACUCAUGUCUGCUGUAUGUCCCCAACUCCUCCACCCAUGGCAGGACAUUCUGCUUCUAUUAUUGGAGAUUAUAUGGUUGUCUUUGGUGGCUCAAUGGCACCUGGAGUAGGAAGUAAUGAUGUUUAUAUAUUUGAUUUUAUCGAGUGUGUUUGGCGCAAGGAAGUUACAAUUGGUGCCAAACCCAGUCCAAGAUAUGGUCAAUCUCAGGUUACAUUAGACAACAAUCAUAUAUUGAUCUUAGGAGGAUGUGGAGGAGCUAAUCAGAUAUUAUCAGAUGUAUGGUUAUUAAUACUUAAUGAAGAUCAAGCUAAAUGGCAAGAGAUCAAGUUGGAAAAUACAGAGUAUGCUGCCCCUCAACUCUGGUGUCAUCCAGCAUGUAUGGUUGAUAAGUGUAUGGUAGUGAUAAGCAAAUCUGCAAAACCUUCUACUCCUCCUUCACCAAAACCCUUACCACAUCGACCAGUAGUACCUCCUAGACCCCACUACUAUAAUCCAUUACUUCAUGAACCAGCACCAUCACAUCCUCCUCGCUUCCAAGAACCUGAUGACAGUUCUAGUGAUGACAGCGCUUCAGAGGAUGUAAAUCUCAAUGUCAGCAAUGAUGGAUUUGUCCAUCCAAGAGAAGUGAGCUCUUUAGGAACAGCAAGUGUACGAGGUGGAUUACCAUCAGUAAAACCCAAUGCUAUGUCAAACAGACAAAAACAGUUAGACACUUUACGAAAAUAUGAAGAGCGCUUCAGAGCAUCGACAACAAAACCAAGUCCAAAACUGGAGGCUCAAGAGACUCCUCGUGAAACUCGUGUAUCACCUAUGUUUCUUCACGUGUUAGAUAUUCAAAAUGUGAUAUCUUCAGUAACAGCCACUUGGAAACCAUAUCAUGAAGUAGUUACCACAGAUACACCAGAAGAGACUGUGUUCUUUAGUUUAGUUCAAGGCCGUGGGGAACUGAUCAUGUUUGGAGGAAUUGAGAAAGACAUUAGUUCCAUGCAGAGAGGCAAAACAAUAGAGUCUCUGUCAGUUAGUAAUACUGUUCACAUAGUAAGUGCCAGUGAUUUCAAAUUGGGAUAA